AUGCGGAGAUGUUACUGGCCUCCACCUCCGCCACCUUCUCAACAACAACAAUCACGACCUUUGCACAAGCAGCGUUCGUGGUCUCCCGAAGUGGAGCGAGACGAGACAUGGCUGAGGCGGAAGGAAAGCUACGGCGAUGGCCCCCGUCGGUCUCAGAGUUUCUCGAACGACGAUUUGGAGGAGCUCAAAGGUUGUAUCGAGUUAGGUUUCGGUUUCGAAACGAACUCGCCUGAACUGUAUCUGAAGCUCUCCGAUACUUUACCCACUUUGCCAUUUUACUGCGCCGUUAAUCGUCAAUACAGUUGUCGACUGCUGAGGACUUCGUCCGCAUCUUCGAUAGGCUCUUACAAUGACGCCGGCGACAACAUAAUCGAUAAAGGCGAUGAUCCUGAGACGGUUAAGACUAGGAUGCGACAAUGGGCGCAAAUGGUGGCUUGUUCGGUGCAGCAAUUUUCCGGGAAUCCAAACUGA